AAAUGAUCAUAAGAUUAGCCCUGCCUCUCACGAAGAAAGGGAUCUGGAAAGAUGAAAUGAGUGUGGUUCUAGUCCUUCUGGAGCAGGAAGGUUCCUGCGAUCGAAAAAGAACAGGACCUGUAUCCGUAUUUCUUGAACGGAAUCGAUGGACGAGCGACGAAGAAGAUGUGGUCAAAAAUGUGCCGGAUGCUCUUGCUGGAAUUUCGCCUCGUCGGUGUAAAAAAGAAAUAGAAUGGGAAGAUCUUGAGCAAGAUACAAAAAUGUAAGGCUGAGUGCGGCCUGUGGUUUCUUUACCAUGAAACUAACCCUCAAGAAUCGCACACAAAAACACCAGGAACGCUCUACAACUCAUUUUCAUUUUAUUUGGAUUUUAGUGUUGUAGUUUGUUGCACACCAGUUUUGAACAGCCCAAAAGUCGUACUGAGUGGGUUGUAGUUCCGUUUUAGUUGUCGACGAUAUUUUGCUGACCGUUUCGUCGACGACGUACUGCUAUUUGUUUACAACAAAGACGAACACAAGAGUGCGACUGGGACAUCAAGUGCCCUGAAUUACAAGAACCUGCAUGCAACUUUUUUGAUUGGGAAAAGAAAUACCAGUUUUUCUCCGAAACUUGUACAACAUUCAUUCUCUUCGCCCUUUUGUUUUUAAGCGUGCUGUCGUGUGGGAACGUUUUGGGCUCAUAUCAAUUCACGAAGGUCCUCUCUUUAUCUUAUUUACGUUCGAAUAUCGAUCACAAUGGUCCUAUCAGCGAGUUAUUUCCCAACGAGAAGAAGUAGUAGACCCUCCGCACGGAAGAUCGAUUCUGCGGAGCUUUUCGUGGGUCUUUUGUUUGCGCGGAUGUUGAGUUAUUUGGUCCUACCUCUUCUUGCAGCUCAUGUUGAUCCUGGUUUCCAUGCACGGUCUCCGGAGUUGUCAUCUUCGUCUGUGAUAUUCGUUCAUGGCGCAACUCAAACUCCGCAAGCGGUUUGGGCAUCCAAGUCGGAAAGUGGGCAUCCAAAUCGGAAAGUCACGGUUUCUCCGGAGAAGCGGUCUGUCUCUCCGAAGUACUAUUGGUCUCGCACGCCGAGCCCGCCAACGGGAGAAGGGCUUGUUCCGGUACAAUGCAGUGGCUAUGGCAGCUCGACGUCCUUUGGUCAAACAGAAACGCCUUGUCUUGAUGCUGCCGCCGCGGCCUCACUACUUGAAGUGCCGGCCCAGAGCCCUCCAAACCGGCAACCACCAGCCCCAAGUCGAUCCUCGAGUCCCCGCGAACAAGCAGCCAUCCCUCCAACGCGAAUCCGCGACGAGAACGCGCCGAAAAGAAGAGGAGGCAGAAUGUGUGGCGCGGGUGGCAAGCGGCUUCCGCGCAACAAGGUGAGAGACGCAAUUGCAAACGGGACCUUGAGUUUGGGAAAUGCUCAGCGCAGGGCACAAGAAAAUCUCGAGAAGUAUGGGCCGAAGGUACCUAAGAAUACCAGAGCAACCGCUGCACCACCAGAAAGGAACCACAGGGAGCAAGGACGAGAAGCACACGACCAACACCACAGCGAUGCUUCUGAGCCGGCACCUAGAUUUGCCAUGCCCCGAGCGGAAGAGCAUGGUUUUGUUCCCUCCGGCGCAGCGGAGGCCCGGGACGACGUUCAGAUAGGUGAAGUGGGAGAAGACCAAAAUGGAGGUCUGGGCACUGGUUACGAAACGCCAAGGCGGGACGCUGAGUGCAACCGCAGCCCAGACGAGAUCAGAUUUUAUCCAAGCACGCCUGACUUCUGGGGCAACAACAUCCAUAAGGAUGCACAGCCCGCCAGAAACCCUCCCGAAGUGGGAGAAGACCAAAAUGGAGGUCUGGGCACUGGUUACGAAACGCCAAGGCGGGACGCUGAGUGCAACCGCAGCCCAGACGAGAUCAGAUUUUAUCCAAGCACGCCUGACUUCUGGGGCAACAACAUCCAUAAGGAUGCACAGCCCGCCAGAAACCCUCCCCUGGACGUCAGGUCGGAUCGAACAACUACGGGGCAAGAACGAGAACAACACGGGGAACAGAGUGGUCAGGCUUCUGGGCUGGCAUCUGGAUCUGCCAUGUUGCCCCCAGCGGGGGCACGUGGUUUUCUGUCCGGCGGCGCAGCAGCGGAGGAUCUUUAUUUUCAGGGCGACGCGGCUCAGGGAGGUCGUGAAGUGGGAGAAGUAGACCAAACUGGCUAUGAAACGCCUAGGCGGGGUGGAGCGGGACCGCCCGGUGGACAUGAGUGCAGCCCGUGGAGAUUUUUUCCAAACACGCCUGACCAAUGCUGGGGCAUCCACAAGGAUUGGAAAGCACACCAGUACCAGCCCACAAACCCUCUCCUGGAGGCCACGCCGGAUAGAACUGAUUAUGACGGAGUCACUAUGCAUCGCCAGACCGCACCACCCGGGGUAUCCUCACAAGACUGUCCUUUUGCACAGGUGCCAACGUGGAAUCUUGAUCUUCCUUGUCCUCCAGCGUUGUCACCGCCACCACCACCACUGCGCCAACAUCAUGCGAGUAAUUUUGCCUGCCCAGCAGCAGUACCAGUACGACCGGUGGACGACGACCAGCAGUACAACAAUUACGCGCGGGCGGGGGAACAAGAUGAGCUUGCCCGAAGAGCAGGAGCUACUACGGAAUCUCAUUGUGCUCAGAGAGAAACAGAAAUUCGAACUCUUGCUGCAGAGAUGCAGAAAUCUUCUGCUGUUGGUGCUGCUGCUCGUCCGGCGCAUCAGGUCGCGUGCAGUCCGCCCACUGUGACGAGCCCACCAACAGGAUCUGAUGCGAUGCCAACAGUUCACGGCGGCACUGCCCGACGAAACUGGCAAGAAGCUCAUGUUGAGCCACGUCGUGUACGAGUAGAUCAUGUUUCACCAACGCGCGUAGAAGAAUCGAGUGCCACGGCGAGGCCUCCUGGCAGAAGCGCGGAGGACCACCGGCCGUUCGCCGUACGCGGUCCACCUCCGGGGGCCCCAAGUACACGUACGAGACGCGGUGAAGCAGCCAGGCCUCCAACUUCAUCUAGUAAACAAGAAGGCGAAAUUAUGUGCGGUCCAGGUGGCGUGCCCUUUUCGCGCGGAGUGAUAAAGCAGAUUAAAACCGGGAUCCUGAGUCUGGAGGAAGCGCAGCGGCAGGCUUUCUUGAAGACCGAACCGACCACAGUACUAGGAGAACAACCAAAAAAGCGAAGUAGCAGGACUUUAAAACCACAUCAAAACAGCGGCAGUUCUACUGCGAGGCCACCAGCUGCAUAUGCCGUACCCCCAACAGAGGAGCGUGCUGUUGGUCGUCUAUCUCCGCCUUUCCAAGGUGCCGCGUCCUCCAGCAAAAAUUCUUCGGCGGGUGAUUGCACUCAGCAGUAGGUAGUCAUGGUGUGGAGCAUCAGUGUGCAGCCGCAGUGAGUAGUACUUCUCCUGAUGAACAAUGAUUGUGCAAAGUAGACGCUGUUCCGCGGGAGGUUAUUCUUUGUUUUUAACCUCACUCACAUCUGUCUCCAAUGGAAAAGUUGGUAGAUUUGCAAUUGGUCGUUUGAAAAUAAUUAAAGUAGGCUUUUAUCGAAAUCAUUGAUUGUUUUACAUUGCUACGUGCGCAAAAUGACGCGGUGACCUGCGCAACCGCAAGCCCGCUCUGUAAUAUGCUGUAUUUACGCUACUUUCCCGUGGCACUCAGUUCCCGUUGUACUAGCCUUUCGACAUCGACAUCUCUUUGCGGUACUAAGUACCUAGAGUAUUUUUAUUUCCUCCACGGAGAAGUGCAAGUGGAAGUGCAGUAACUAACCUAACAGCUGUAACUAGUUCGAGUCGGCAAGAGGUUACAUCGGAAAAGAACCCCGUUUAGAGCCCGUGCCCGUACGUACUAGUACAGCUUGUGUUUACGUUAUGCUACAGCGGAAAAACUCUUCAUCACGCGGAUUUAUGCGUGAUCAGCACAGUAGAUUGCGUAAAGGAUUUGCUUCGCUUGGUCAUUUUUUUUUGCCACGUCAGUACCACCAAAUUCAGAUUCAGACUCAGAUGCGUUUUCUGGUCGUGUUUCGCCGGGGGUUGCGCCGUGUAACAGUGGGUCGACACCACCAGAGCACCAAAUUACCGCUGACAUAUUAUGGACAUUCAUAGUCAGUCAAAGCUUGGGAACAACACUGAGCAAUUUGUCAGAAUUACUAGUAAGUACACUCGGCCUGCCCGCCCUCUUCGUCGAAAACCCUCGAAACUGAAACGUGGUGUGAGGAGGUG